UGCAAGCGCAGCCAAUGGCGCGCGGGGGCGGGGCGAGCUGCGCGCGCGCGGCGCAGUGUUGCGCGCCGCGCCGCAGCGGCCGACGUGUGGACGUGUGACGUGUUCGUCUCCGCGAGUGUUGUGUGUGACUUGUGUCUCCGAUCGCGCUCAGUGUGGAUUAAGUGUUGGAAUACAGUGUUAUUUUGAACGAAGUGCUUUCUGAAUUGUUGGUGCCGAUGCCCAGGUGUGUUUGAAAGGAUAAUAGUGCAUUUGGAAUAUUAAUAUAGGCUCGGGCCGGCGGCGCGGGGCGCGCGGCGCGGCAUGGGGCGGGCAUGGCGGUGACGUGCCCAGACCUCAUGUACGGCGCCUACUACCCCUACCUGUACGGCCGCGGCGCCCGCUCCUUCCACCACGCGCCGCACUUCCAGUAUGACCGGUUUAACGUGCAGACGGGCAACGGCGGCGAGGGCUACGGCGCGGCGGCCGGCGUCAGCAGCGGGUCGGCGUCGUCCGGCGCGCAGUCCCCGGGCUCACCGCCGCACGCGGCACAUCUCCGUGCCAAGGAGGAGCUGUCCGCGCCCGGCCGCGCCAGCGCCGACGGUGGCGGGUCAUCAGAGUCGGAGGGCGAGUGCGCGGCGCACGGGCGAGCGCGCGCGCAGUACGUCAGCGCCAACUGCGUCGUGUUCACGCACUACUCGGGCGACGUCGCCGCCGUCGUCGACGAGCACUUCGCCAGGGCCCUCGCCGCCGACAAGCCUAAAGAGACUGUCCCGAUGGUGUCCCGAAACCUUCCUGCGUCCUUUUUCAACGCGGCGGCCGGCGCGGCCUGCGGCGUCGACCUUUACGACUACGACCCGUGGCAUCAGCACUACUCUGGGUACGGUCACGCGGCGCACCGGCACGCGGCGGAGUACCACGCGGCGGCGGCGGCGCAGGCCGCGCAGGCGCACAACAUGGCGGCCGCCGGCUACCCCCCGCUGCUCCUCGGCCGCUCCCCCCUGCACGCGCAGUACAAGCCCGUGGAGUGGCAGCACUCGCUGGAGCACCACGCGCCGCACGCGCCGCACGCCGCGCAUGCCGCCUGCUCGCCCUACUCCUACCCCGCGGUGCCCGGUCUGGAAGCGCAGGUGCAGGACACAUCUAAGGACCUGUACUGGUUCUGAGAGUCCGCCGGGCCCGCCGCGCACUAGCGCCCUCGCCUGGUGAGCCCACCU